AUGUAUCAUACUUCCGUCCAUAACUUCGUGGAUGGAACACCCGCUGUUUAUAGAUCUUCACAGCGAUACGAAUCGCGAGUGAACGAUUUACCCGUAGGCUUCAAUCUAGGUCCUGAAAAUCCCUUGACCACGUCCGGAUUAUCUUACGAGUAUAACAAAUCAUACUGUGACUCGUUUUUCGACGAAUGGAGCGCGGCGCAAAAAAAUUGUUUGGUUGCGGGUGCCGCCAGUGUGGUGGGGUGGAUAUUGAUCAUCGUUGCAAUUUUUGAUCUCGUGUUGGGUUUUUGGGACCCCUUGGGGUUCAACAGCAAGUAUCCCAAAGAAUUGCUGCCUCAGUUGGUGGAGCAAUCCGAAUUCGCUUUAAAACAACAAUUAGGUUCGGUGGAGGUGGAGUUGCCUUUCUUCACCUUGGCCAACCUGAUACUCGGGCAGCAGGAAUUGGCAGUUACUUCCAUCGAGACGUUGCCUUAUAUAUACGAAUAUUUGUCAUCGCUAGAUGUGAAUGCCGAUGGCACCAGAAUCGACAAGGGGGAUGAAAUUUCGAACGAAACGGCACCCUCCUUCGACGAAACGAUCGCCAAGACGAAAUUAUAUUCACCCGAAGAAUUGCAUGAAUUCGAGAAAGUUCACGCGAGACGUUUAACUUUCUAUAAAACUGGGCCCACGGCCUUGCUCAUCAUGGCGGGAGUCUUUUGUGCCUGCCUUGUUCUGGGAGUGUGGAUAGGAUGCAUCAUUGCCGCUAUUUUGGUAGGCCUAUUGUCAUUUUCUCUCUUUGCAAACUCGGUAGUUGGGGUUUUUUCCACUCUAGACAACAUAGGCAUUAAAUUGUGAUUUCCGCGAUGAAAAAGUUUAUUCUAGCCAGAUCCAAGGGCAACGGCGGUGACAUACCAAAUCCGCCAAUCAAUUGGAUAGAUCCAACUUCCAAUACACGCUGUUUGGCGAACGGCGUAUGCGCCAAACUUGCCUCGUUAUCCAAUUGGGUACCACGUGCAGAAGACAUUUGGCGACCACUCGAGCUCGUCGGAGACCCUCGAGAUGUAAAGGUGGUGAUUGUCGGGCAGGAUCCGUAUCCCGGGGAGGGAGUGGCUGAUGGCCUGGCAUUUAGCUGCCGCGCUGCCAAGCGACCGGCGAGCCUGCGUGUAAUUUUAGAAGAAGUCGCAUCAUCUAAAUUCCAAGUUGACCGGAAUAAUAAUUCUCUCGAAAAUUGGGCGGUUCAGGGAGUUUUAUUGAUUAAUCUAACAACGACCUGCGCAUUGGGUGAACCUAACUCGCAUCGGCAUAUCGGCUGGGAACCUAUAGUUUCACACAUCAUCAAGGAGGUGGUGAGGAAAAGCAACGGUACCGUGUUCAUGUUUUGGGGCCGCGCGGCGCAGACGGCGUUGUCUUCACUUUGCUCGACAAGCAAGAAGCACUUAAUUUUAAAAGCAGCUCAUCCUUCACCGCUCAACCGACGCGGUGGUUUUGCCGGCUGCGGCCAUUUCGUUAGGGCAAACAAAUUUCUGAGGUCGAUCGGAAAAACAGAGGUGGAUUGGUCGAUUCUCGCUAAGGAUGAAGCGCCAAUGCACGCUAAUGGACAUAUGGGGUCCGAAGAAAAUUAAACGCCCCAACACUACCAACACCGGCGAAGACCUACACCCCGAGGCGCCGCCAGAAGAAAAUACAUUGAAUUUGUGGCUGUUUGCUGCAAUAUAUCCAGAGUACGUAAGAAAAAAUAAUGUCCUCGCAAUACCUGCCGAUUUCCCGGAUCAUGAUUUUUCUACAUUUUUU